AUGCUCACUGAGCGUGUUCCUGUCCGUGGGUCUGCGUCAGUGCACGAGCACGCACACGCGUCAUCCCACUCCCUUGCUUUCCAUCGUCAGCCCUAUCCCCCCUCCCCAGAACAUUACCUCACACACCCGCAGCACGGGCACAGGCGCACCUCCUUCCUCUUCCCCUCUACACGAAUCAUGCCCGUCUUUGCCCUCCGCAGCAGCCACCACAAGCGCGGCAUCGCCGCCGUCCUUCUGCUCGCCAUCGUCGUUGCAGUCACCUUGACGGUCUCCGCGCAGACCAUCGACAACUACCCUCCUGUUCCCUGUGACAGCACAGUGCCGAACUGCCUGGAAUGCCGGAAAAUGGGGAUGCUAAGCCUGUGCUCAAACUGCAAGGAAGGCUACUCGACCGCUGUCUCACCCGCGACCCCCACCGAGUUCGGCAAGUGCAAACCUUACAAUCCGAGCACAUGCCGCCUUGGCAACUGUUUGCGCUGCGCUGCAGAUGACAACACCAAGUGCGUGCAGUGCCCAGUCGGCUACCCGAACAUUAAUACGUACCUCUGCGAUGCGACCACGGCGGCUCCGACGACUGCAUCCCCGUCCAUCACUACCACCACGACGUCCCCGACGACUGCAGCCCCGUCCAUCACUACCACCACGACGUCCCCGACGACUGCAGCCCCGUCCAUCACUACCACCACGGCGUCCCCGACGACUGCAGCCCCGUCCAUCACUACCACCACGACGUCCCCGACAACCUCGGCACCCAGCACCGGCUGCCAGACCCCGUCGUGCGCCAUCUGUGUGCCCGGCAGCCAGUACACUUGCGCCGUGUGCGAGUCCGGCAUGGUGCUGAUGGUGUCCGGCCAGUGCAUGCCUGCUGGCUCCUGCAGCAUGGCCAACUGCGCGCAGUGCUACCCGAACGACAACAACCGCUGCUCCUCGUGCGAAUCCGGCUACGCCCUCACCGUCUCGUACACCUGCAUCCCGCGCAAGCCCGGCAACUCGGCGGCGGCGCCGACACCGGUGUUGGUGGCGCUGGCCAUAGUGUCGGUUGCAGCGACGGUGACGUAUGUCAUCUAG